AAAUGAUGUCAGCAAUGUUCCUGAAUCCGAUGUCAACAAUAUUUACAAAAAUGAUGUCAGUAAUAUUCCUGAAUCUGAUAUUAACAAUAUUUACAAAAAUGAUGUCAGUAAUGUUCCUGAAUCUGAUAUAAACAAUAUUUACAAAAUUGAUGUCAGCAAUAUUCCUGAAACUGAAAUAAACAAUAUUUAUAAAAAUGAUGUCAGAAACUUUCCUGAAUCUGAUGUCAACAAUAUUUCUGAUUACAGUGUCAACAAUAUUCCUUAUUCUGAUGUAAAGAAUGUUCUUCACUUGGAUGUUAAUGAUUUUUCUAAACCUGAUGUUAGUAAUAUUCAUGAAGCUGACAUCAUUAAUGUUUCAAACUCUGAUGUCAGUGUCACUCCGGAACCCGAUGCCAAUAAUUUUUACAAAUCUGAUGUCAAUAAUAAUACUGAAGACUGGGAUGUCAAUAAUGUCAAACCAGAACAAUAUGUUGUAUACCAGUGUAGCAAGGACAUUCCUGUACCAUGUGGAGGCUGGGCAGAUAGACUCAAAGGCAUGUUAUCCGCCUAUAUAUGGUCAAUUAUGAUGAACAGGACAUUCCUUAUGGAUUACACGAAUCCAUGUUCUAUAACCAAUGUCCUUGUCCCAAAUGAAAUACAAUGGAAUCAGGAUAUUGAAAUUGAUACCAUGAAUGUAACUGCUGAUUGGAUAGGAUUUGUGAACAACAAACGGGGGAGUGAAUACAUUGUUCGUAAUAGUACAAUUCAUGUAAGUGAAAGAUAUAGGCAAGUAGAUGUUUUGAUGAUACAGAGCAAUAUAGAUCAGUUUAAGGACUUUGCAGGGAAUGAGCUAUAUCAUCAUGAUAUUUGGAAACUAGGGUAUAAUCCUUCAGAGUUUAGGUUCAUUGAUAGAAGUAUUAAUAACCAUCCAGCUGGAAAUAAUACACCUUUGGAAAGUUAUAUUGGUGUAAAUGGUGAUGUACCAUUAGAAAACAAAAAAGUUGUCACUGAAAAUACUCCAUUGGAAAACUUCAGUGAUGCAAAAAGUGAAACAUUGUUGGAAAGCAUAAGUAAUACACCAUUGGAAAGUAAUGAACAAUUAAAAAAUGCUGAGCAUAUACCAAUUAGAAGCGACUCAGGCAUGACUACAAAUGCACAACCAAUGGAAAGCACCACUAGUGCUCAAACCAACAUACCAUUUAAAAGUCAAAGGGCUCACCAAAUUUUCACCCAUUUCUAUGAUAAGUUAUUCAAACUAAACUCCUCUCUCCAAGCUGAAUUGAAUUCUUUUAUGCAGGUGGCCAAACCAGACCAAGGUUCAACCCUUUUGUGUGGCCAGGUCCGUAUAGGCACCAAUCCAACAAUACCAAUUGAUUAUGGCCCCCGAAAUGACAUAUCAACCAUAGAAAAAGUUUGGGACUUCCUACAUGGUAAAGUAAAUGAGAAUCCAUCAACAACAAAAGUUUUUAUCACAACUGAUUCUGAGGAAGUUAGAAAGAUGGCGCUGCUGGAAUUCCCUGAUAUUAUACUGGAUACAGAAGGUCCCAUAACACAUACUGAUCUCACUGAAGACAAAAACUCAGCUUGUAUCGGUUUGAAAAAGGUGGCCCUUGAUUUCCAUAUUCUUGGAUUGUGUGACAUUCUUCUUAUCAGCUAUAGUGGCUAUGGGGAACUUGCCUCUUAUAGGAAAACUAAUUAUUCAGAUAUAUAUCAAUUUAAAGGUGGAACAAUUACCAGAAUUGUUUAGAAAUUAUAGAAUCUAAAAUAAAAAUUAGGAUAAUAAAAUCUGUAUAUCUGAACACCUCUGUAAUCGGAACACAAGUAAUAUGAACACUUUUUCUCUGUUUCAAUCACGUAAUCUCCUUUUGACUCCCUCGUUAAAGAAACACUUUUGGCAGGUCCAAAUGAUGAUUGAAUCAGGCAGGUUU